UAUGGAGUCUGGAGAGAUAUCGGGGUUCAUGAUACGUUACGGCCAACUUCCAGCGGGUUAUUGGCAGUUUUGUUUUUGGUUUUGCGCGACAUACGAGUAAGGUAAGGUAAGGGUAUCAAUCAUGUUUGUAGUUCAAGCUGACGUCGGCUUUUCUGGCGCCAUCUUGACUCAUUUAUAAGUCUAGUAGCAGGUCUUCCAUUCAAGUGAUAGCUGCUCCCUGCUUGUCUUUCACGGGCGCUGUUCUUCAGUUGUUGUAAACCACACUCAUCUUACACCUCACCAUGUCAGCCAUAUAUUCUGAAGCCCAAGUCGCUGGGUUCCUCAAACAUCUUCAAAUCCCUCAAGAAUUCUACGUGGGCAAUGAACCUAUUCUGGACCAUGCCUUUCUCAAAGUGCUGCAUCAGCACAUGAUCGCAACAGUCCCAUAUGAUAACUUGACGCUGCAUUACUCGUCGCAUCGCAAUAUCACUCUCGAGCCUCAAGCUCUGUACCAAAAGAUCGUGGUGGAUGGGCGCGGAAGAGGAGGUUACUGCAUGGAGAGUAACCUCUUUUUCUGCUACAUGCUGAGAGCUCUUGGUUUCCAAGUAUAUCCCGUUGGCGUGCGAGUUCGUCUGCGAAAGGAUGGUGUUCCUCAUGGUGGCUUCCAUGGCUGGGUUCACAUUGUCAAUAUUGUAACUCUACCUGACAAUUCUCGCUGGGUCAUGGAUACCUCAUUUGGCGGCGACGGCCCUACACAGCCCAUGCCCCUGGCCGAGGGCGCUGAGUGGCGCAAUUUAGGCACUCAAGACGCAAGGCUUAUCAAGGACUUCAUUCCUGGCCAAACAGAGCUCACAUCCGGCCGCCGUCUCUGGAUCUACCAAUGCCGCAACUCUCCCGAUCAACCCUGGAUCAGCUUCUAUGCUUUCAGUCACUCAGUUGAAUGGCUGCCAGCCGAUUUCGAGAUCUCCAACUGCUACACUGGCACAAGCCCACGCAGCUUCCAGACUACGACGGUUCUGAUUGUCAAGUUCCUUCUUAGGGAAAGCAAAACGUCACCAACGGGCGAGGAGAUUUACGGGAAACGAAUGCUGGUUAAUGAUGUGGUUAAGGAGAACCCUGGAGGUAAGACAAAGGUUCUGAAAGAGUUGAAGACAGAGGAUGAGAGAGUGGAGGCGUUGAAGGAGUAUUUUGGUAUUGAUUUGACAACGGAAGAGAGGGAGGCUAUCAAGGGUUUCCAGACUGAGAUGAAGAGCCAGUAGAGGAUGAUAUACCACCAGUCAUUGUUUUAGAUGCUUAUGAUAGAAAUGAUUUUUCAACUUUCAAGAGAUUAUAUAUAAGAUUGAAUCGAGAAAAGAAAACAGUGAAUUAUUUUCGGUCGGUUAUGGUAAUACAAAAAAA